CACCUGCGCACAGCCAGUCCGAUCGUAGCCGCCGGCGCGCGCGUUCCAAAUUUGAAAUUCGAACGAUUUAAACUUCGAACGCGAUUUGAAUUUUAAACGUUGCACUUUCGAAUUGCAGUUUGUGUUUUGGUGUUAGUGAGUGUUUGUGAUUGUGGAUUUUUUAAAAGUAAAUAGCCAGCGGCAAUGCUACAGUGAAAAUAAAAAUGGCGGUCAGGACUAAACUAGUGAUCUUAGUGUUAACCUCAUUAAUAACAAGAAACCUUUGUGACAAUGACGUUUUAAAACUCUCAAUCGACGACAGCGAUCUACUAAGAGGCAGCGGCGAAGAGAAAGAAAACCUAGAAAAAGAGAUAGAAAUAGAAGACAAAUCAGAAUUAGAAGAGUACACUACAACAGAAUACGCGACAACAGACGCAUCGUAUAUAGUUACUUUUAAUGAUUUAAGAAUAGAUACGACAGUAGAAAGUACGACCGAGGACAAUGGUGUAGUCAGGACGGCCGUGCCGGAGGAUAUUUAUAAUGGCAGUAACAUUGUUAAGACAGAAACCACGACUUCACCCCCCACCAGAGCCACAGAGAGCAUGGAGGGGAUGUCCCCCAGGAUAGCAGAGUUCGAUGGAGAGGAGACCAAACAACGCAGCCCUAAGCUGACUGAGAGUGCUAGACCGGAACCCCAGCCCCAAGACCGGCCAGUCUUCGACCCCUCCCCCACAGAAGCCAUUACCCCCCGAGCUACUCUCCGCAACUGGCUUGAGGACCCAUGGCUACGAGCACCAGCCGGUCUCUUGGUGCCGCUCAGGUCCUCGGCCUUGGCUCGGGCGAGCGCGGUCUGGGACGACCUCAGCGGGGAGAGCUUGCGGCUGAGCGACGUCGUGCUCGUCGGCUAUCAUGCUAACGGUAUCAACUGGAGGUCCCGUCACAACCUCCAGGGCAACGGCGUCAAAAAUGGCUACACGGCUGUAUCUGAUGCCCUGAACAAGCUCUUGACUAAAUACCAGGGAUUGCCAGAAACGAGCGACGGAACAAUGCAAGCCCUUAUAUCAGCCACCAAGCUUGUGCCAUAUGACAGUGCAUUAUUUGUAUUGACGGAUAGAGCUCCUGGGGAUCUUCAGAGGCUCCCGUUGGCUGUGAGAGCUCUAGUUGAGAAGAGACUAAAGGUGUACACGAUCUGGACGAACCCAUCUCUGCCAGCCUUUGACAUAGAACAUCAGCUCCAAGGUCUGAAGAACGUCUCCAAGCAUACCGAGGGAGAAGUGCUGAUGUACACACAGCAAGGCUUGGACAUGGGAUUAAGCGAUAUGGACCGAAUGCAAUUGGAGGUUCAGGCGCAGCCGCGACAGGCCAGACUCAACACUAUUGAAGAGGACGAGAAAUUUGAAACUUUGCUAGUACGAAGAGGUGGAGGAGGUGCUACCUCCUUGGGUAUACCAGUGGAAUACGGAGUGACUGCUUUGAAGAUAUACAUCGAGGGUGACGUGGAACAUGCUGUAUUGUACCCUCCUAAUGAUGCUCCUCAAGUGGACCUGUACAACAUGACUUCAGUGCGAGCCUUCUCCGCGGCCUCGAGAACUGAUGAGUUGUCUCCAAGGGAGGUGUUCCUAGUAUUCCCUGGGUCUGACCCUCAGAACGACGGAUUAAAAGUCCUACCAAUGAAGCCAGUGGACUCACCCUCAGCACAAGCGGGCAUGUGGCAUUUAUCCGUGCGCUGCGACACUUGCAACUACCACAUGCGUGUGUUAGCACGGGCACAACUCCGCUUCCACGCUAGCUUGAAGGCCACAGAUAUGCUGAAUAUUAGAAUUAUGGGUCCAGUGGCGAGUGUGAGAGAGUCGGCGCUAGUCGACGAGUAUGGAGCCGAAUUGACCAAGCUGCCUUUCAGCUAUCAAACCAUAGCUGGCGACGGGAAAAACGUCCCCCAGGAUAGUCCUAUGACGGAGUUAGAAGAAACAAUACCGCUACCCAACGUGAAGGCUGAACGGGUCUACGUAAGGAUCCUGGGCAGGGAUAUUAGAGGCGAGCCAUUUGUCAGACUAUCGGGUCCACUGAACGAACCUGAGGUGCGAAUGGGCCGCUCCACUAUCUUGGAAUCUGAAGACCUGGAGCGCGCCGAGGAGGCCAACAUCGCAUACGCAAGACUACGCCUUGGCUAUAAUGAUAGCAACGUGCUGCCUUACAAUAGAGCUACGUCGCAGGUCAUGAAUCAGCAUGGAACCAUUCUGACUGCCGUGCAGAUAGGUCUCAGUACGAGGCUGUACGGCACACCUGGAGACAACCUACAGCUACAUUUUGAGGUGACAAACUACAGGGACCAAUCUGUGAGGUUCUCAUUCGAGGCAAGAGGCGAGCUGAGGUUUUUGACUGGAAUCAGUCCUAGCUCCCAAACUGUACUAAGCGGCCAGACGGUCAACGUGGUCGUAAGCGUCGGGAUCACGAACACCGCCCAACCGGGUGCCAGAGAUCUCAUCACAUUCACAGCUAUCGGCAUUGACCAAGUAUCCAUCUCCGCGUACGUCUACGUGGUGAACACAGUAGACACCGUAGAUGUUUGGGCUCCAGAAUUGAGGCAUACCUUCCAGGGCAUGUGCAUUGGGAAGCAGGGAGACGACUGCGCUCAGCAUAUCUGGUCUACCACCAUUACAGCCAGAGAUGCUAGCUCAGGGCUUCUCCGCCUCACUUCGACGCCCAUCGGCCUGGUGUUCGAUAGCAACUUCAUAUCCGGCACCAGGGAAGAGAUCAGAGCAAUCUACCGGGCUACGUGCUGCGCUCCACGACUAUCUGUCACGGCUGUGGAUGCCAACGGGAAUGUUAACAGCUAUAUCAUUGAUAUAAGCGGUUAUCUCAGCUCGGCCUCAAUCGCAGCCAUCACGCUAAGCAUUUUCUUGGCCAUUGCCAUCAUUGCUCUUAUCAUCUUCCUCAUAUACUGGUGCGUGAGAAGACGGAAGGAGUCAAGAGAACUGCCUUAUUCUACGUCUACCAGAAACUAAAUAUUUAAGUGCAGUUUCGCAUCCAAAGCUAAAUAAAUUACUACACAACGACCACACUAUAAAAUAGUCAAAUUAAAAACAGAAACACAAAAGAGAAGAAUAUACAGAAAAGAAAACAAUAGAAGGGUGCCACGAAAUGGGUCUCAUUUCAGCUUGACGCUGGCGACUUCCAGCGCUAAUCUACCCAUGGGCGCAUCAGGUGAAAAAAUCACGGACUUGGCACUCUUGCCAGUAUACCUAUCGACGCGUCAUACUUCCCGUAGAUAUCUUGGCGGGCCCCUGCAUGGCGUGGACAGGAUAUAUAAAUUGAAAUAAAACAAACCCAAGACAUAGCUAAGAACCAUUUCGGCAAACAAGACUGCCGACUCAUCAUCUUCCUCGCGUUGUCACGGCAUUUUGCCACGGCUCAUGGGAGCCUGGGGUCCGCUUGGCAACUAAUCCCAAGGAUUGUCGUAGUUUUUACGAAAGCGACUGCCAUCUGACCUUCCAACCCAGAGGAAACUAGGCCUUAUUGGGAUGAGUCCGGUAUCCUCACGAUGUUUUCCUUCACCGAAAAGCGACUGGUAAAUAUCGAAUGAUACUUCGUAACAUAAGUUUCGAAAGACUUCCAACGAAUAAUAUUAUAUCGCAGUUAAAUCGACACAUCCCUUUGACAGCAAAGAUACAACAGACACACACAGAUACACAUGCUUAUAAUAAUUAUGACACACUUGUUGCGUUGAGGGUUUAAUCAUAUUCAAGUCAGAAAAUAACAUACUUUUUCAACUUCUAGGACAAUAGCGAUUAUAGUAGAUAUUUUAAGUUAAAAUGGCAUAAAGUCAAGUAAAAGAUGUUUGAAGUAUUUUUCUAUGGAAACCAAUGUGAUGACAAAGUAGUUUAAGGCACAAAAUGUGCUUAAAUAUAUUUUUAUAAGUUACCUAUACGUAAUUAAGCUACAUUAAGAGAGUCAGGUAUUUUAAAAUCUGAACAACUGACACUAUUGAUUGUGCCAUUCACGUCGACGCAUGCCUUGACUCGUAUUGACAUGGUAUUAAAGGUUAGAUUUGAUAAAUCUGCGCGUCAUCGCGGAUGACACGAACUGUUAAGGCCCUAAAAAUUCUUAAGUAAAGCAACUAUUUCGCCGCCGGCGACAAGCGAGCAGCGAAUAGCGGUGAGCGAGUUUAUUAGCGGGCGAGUGUUUCUUGUUAUAUUCGCAAUUAGCCGGGUCCACACAGAGCGAGCAUACGCGCGAGGCAGUGUAGACGUGCCUCGGCCGAGGCGGCGCGCGCGUUUUUCCUCGCCCGAUUGCGCCGCCUCGGCCGAGGCAAGUCUACAAUGGCCGUAUUGUGCGUGAGCAAGUUGCCUCGCGCGUAUGCUGGCUCUGUGUGGACCCGACUAUUGGUUUAUAUCUAGACAGUUUCUGUGCUCGUCGAUCGCUUGUCGCCGGACGGACAGGUUCCUUCUUCUUACUUAAUAAAUCAGCGACCUGAUUUUUAUCAUUUAUCGGAUAGUGAAAAAAAUCGAAAUUGAAACUGACUUGACUGACUUGCCUACUCGACAAGUUCAAAACAGUGAAAAAUAGAGAUACUACUCCUAAAAAUACGUGUGAUAUCGCAUUGGAUUGGGAAUUAUGUAUGAUAAACUGCAUUCGAAGCAUUUAUUAGCACACAUGUGCAGAGCGUGCAUGGAAGAAGACGAAACAACAAAACACAUUCUCCUAGACUGCAAACAGGUGGUCGUAUAGGUACAGGAGCAAAUACCUAGGGACUCCGUGCAUACUAAGAGAGGUAGUUAUCAACCUGAAAACUUUGCUAGGCUUCGUGGAGGAGCUGGGGUGGUUAGAGUAGCGGUACCUCGUUUCACGCAAAAUAGGCACAAUGGUUGUCGAUUUGCGGAAAAUGCCCAGAAGCACUAACUAGCACACAAAAAGUUUCAAAAGUUAUUGAUAAAGAAAGGUGGAAAAAAAGAAGACAUUUCAUUCCUCUCCAAUAUCUCAAAAAGUAGUAAUAUUUAAGAAAUCGAAAUAAAAUAUUAUUAAACGAAAGGAAAUUUUCAUUAAAAAUGUUUGUACUUGCAGAACCUUAUCUUCAUUAAUUAUACUUUUUAUUCAAUGCUGAACACAUCCCUCCGUGCCUCAUUUUCCGGAUACGCGCGCGGCGUGAAAAAGCGAGGACGUAACAUUAAAUAUUACAUUUAAGGUAUUAAAUAUUCAUUUAAAAAUAUGGUGUAUUUUAAACAUGUCAAAGAAUGUUAUACUGUUUCCAACAAGUUAGGCAAUCAUUAACCCUUUGAACGCUUUAUAUCAUAAUAACCAAGCUCCCGGGCGCAAGAAGCUAAUAUAAACCUUACUCGAUAGUGUGAAGGUUACUUUGACAGCGUCCGCCAUAACACCUAUAAUUGUCCUUGGCGCCGACUAGUAACAACGCCUUUAGCUGUUCUUGGCGUUCAAAAGGUUAAUUAACAAAAAAUUCUCGAACUUUCGUCUUCACCUCUUCUAUUUUUCACAGUUUUGAACUUGUCGAGUAGACCAUGAGUCGGUUAGGCCGCAGCUUACGGCAAUAAUAGAUAAAAUCAGCAGUAGAAGUUGACAGGUUGUAUUGCCUUGAGGCGGAGAUGAGCGAGGGGGAGACAGCCAAAAGCAGGAGGACAAAAUGAUUGAUGAGCGCAACAAUAACCCUAAUAUUAACCCUUGGAGUGGGAUUCCCUCGACUCACGACCGAUUGUCAUUUAAAUUUCAAAUCUGAUUAAUUGAAAUAAAAUCAAAAUUCCAACAACUCAAAAACGACAUAUGCCACUUGAAGAGUUAAGAGUGAAAGCAUGGAAGGUAGAGGUACGGCAUGCAAUCUCCAUAGGCAGAACUGUUGCAAAAGUGUCCAGCUGUCAGCUAUAAAUAAUAGUUUCAAAUUUCUCCAAAGUAGCGCUAGAGUAGCUAAGAACCUAGGCGUUAUUGACGGAGUGAAGUGUGCUGGCUCUGAUUUCAUUUUUCUUUUCAAGUAUUCUAGGUAUUGUAGCGCCACUUAUUUAAGGUUUCUUGAUGGACACUUUUUGGUAUAUGGAGAUACCAUUCCUUACCUCCACCUUCCAGAAGUGAAACGUGUUGAUCAUUCUGAAUAACUCUCAGCUUAACUCCUGUUGACCGAACUAUGUUAAAAAUUUAUCAACCUGACUUAUUUAUAACUUAUAAGUAUUUAACACUAGAAAUAAACAUUCCCAGUAAUAUAAGUUUCAAAAUUGUCUAAUCUAAGCAUUUUACACACGGAUACGGAUACGGGUAGUACAACUUGUUGUAUUUAUAAUUAUAUUUUAAUAGUUAAGUGUUACUAAUUUUCUGAGCCAUAUUAUUUGUAAAAUUGUAAUUGCAAAUAAAUAAUGAAAAUAUU